UGUCACGCUGUCAUGUCAAACAAUUUCAGCUGGUAGUGCAUCGCUAAUAGUUUCGUUUAUAUUUUAUCCCCCGAACUAAAAAUGUCCACAAAUGUAAUUAAUAUACAAUUGACUGGACAAUGCACCAAUACCAAUAAUAAGCCUAAAAAUAAAAAUUACAAGGUACCUCCUAAAGGAAAGAAGAAACAAAAUCAAACAUCAAAUAAAAAAAACAAGAUAUAUAACUUACUUAAUUUUAAUAAUCCAACCCCAGCCCAGUUUGUCGCUCCACACCACGGACCAAACUACUUUGGUACUCCAAAUCUGGCUCAGAAUGUGGUUGGACAAAGUUUAUACCCAACACCUUGGCCAUACCAGAAUAUGAUAGGACAGAAUCCUAAGUCUGCGCCACAUCCACAAGGACUUGGAAAAAAAAGGGCUAAAAGAUUGUUGAAACUGCCAUUUCUGAUACAGCAAGCUGCUGCUGCUGCUGACCAGGAAGAAAAAGGAAGAAUAGUGUGUGAGAUAAGUAAAGUGGACCAACUAAGCUCGAAAGUAAAGAAAUACAAAAAAUUAUCUAAGAUUUACCAGCAAAUUCGGAAAAACCGCACAGGAACUACUCUCAAUCCACAGACAAUUACAACAGCACAAACAAAGAAUGGCGACUUCGCACAAGACAUUGUGAUACCAACACAAAGUUUGCAGCAGCAACAUAACCAGUCCUAUGUUAUCAAACGAAAUGUACAUCCAAUCAGAGCAAAGAAAAACAAAAAUAAGGCCAAGCUUAUGCAGAAUGUGCAAGUGUUUAACAUUUACAACCCUGGGGGUAGUAGGAGCCAGUUCCAAGCCCCACACCAAGACGAGCCGGAGGACCUUUCGGACGAUCUGGCCCCGCAAAUGGGGCAGGGGCAGCAGCAGGCUGGGACUCAGACCCUACCUGUGACUGCAGAAAAUAAACUAAACUUUAAGUUCCAGAGAACUACCCAAACGAAGACUCCAGACUGGUCCGAGUACCAGAACAAGUUCAAACGGAUCGGGGGAGCCUCUCCAGACCAUGAGGAUGAAGGCAGCCAGGAGGUCAAACAGGAACCCAAUAAGGACCAGUCUGUGAAUACUGGACCAAAUACCAACCUUCGAACGCAGAUUCCCUCAAUCAGCCAGCAAACAGUAACGGCCACACAACAGAAACCAGCAGUCACUCCGAAAAUCGAACUAAAAACAACAACUCAGAAGUCAUCAGAGAUACCUCUGAAGCCAAUAGACGUGCGAGUGCGGAACGCGAACGCGGGUUACACCCUGCCCCAACCUACUACGCACAGUAAUAUUCAUCUGGCCAACCUGGCCUAUGAAAACUAUCCGAAGGGUAUACCGAAAUCAUUUUUGCCACAAGAAAAGAAUCCUGUUGCUCCACAUCCGAUCGCAGUUUAUGGCCUGCCAGCAGGUAUACCUCGAUCUUUCUUAAUCCAAGAACAACAAAGAUUGCAAGAGAUGUCGCCUACGCCUCUACAGAUCCCAGGAGCCCCCAAUUUCCAUCCUCAACCAACCUACGUGGACCUGCCGAGCUGGAUCCUGCCGAGCCAACCGCCCGAGCCUCCACAACAGAUCCACGAUCACUUGUCGCCAAACGUUGGUGCACCAAUGUUACCAUAUGCACAGCACGAGCACGUAGAACGGCCGUAUUCGCCUACCGAUGUGUAUUCAGAGAGUCAGAGAGCUGAUGAAGAACUCCGAGAAGGCUCAGAGUCGCCGGACCUCCUCCAGUCGCACCAGAAACGGCAGAGCGCGUUCUCUCGGCUCGGCCCCCUCACGCAGCCGAAGAAGCCCAAACUCACUAUCAACCUGCAGCUGAAUAAGGACCAGGCUGUCAGAGAGGUAGUGGACGGAACGGACGACUCGUUCCGCUACGUACCGGUUCACCUCCGCAAGGACAUACUGCAGAGCGAAGACGAGAUCGUCAAGAAAUACCUGCCUUCCUGGCCGUGGAAGAGGAACCUGCAGCUUAGGAAGACUGUCUCCGCUAGGUUAUCCAAGUCUGUGAUGCUUUUGGAACAAGAACAGAUGGAGGCGGGAUAUGAAAAGGACAACCUGUUUAUACAAGUCGUGGUGACAGGAUACCCAAAGACCUGGACGAAGGAAGACGUUCUCGACGCAGUCCUAGAAUGCGUGAAGGGCAAGAGCUUCAUACCUCUAUUCAUAGAGUUUACUUCGCAAAAAUGCAGGUUUCUGGUCAUCCGCUGCCAUUCUGCGUUGGUUGCUAUACAUAAAGUCGGGUUCUGCAUACGCAAGGACGACGUCGAGCUAACGUUGAGCAUAUCGCUCACAGACACAGGACUGAACCAAAUAGAUCUGAUCCCUCGCCUCGUCCUACGCAGAAGACUGAUGAUCAUGUCAGAUGAGAACCACGUGGAUCUCACCGAGUUCCUCGUCGAAAAGGAUGUGAGCCACUUCGUGUACUUCCCUCUAAACCGACCUACGAAUCAGGUGGAACUGAUCCAGCUGCAGAGCGCCGUGACGUGGGAGCACCUCGCCGAGCUCAACCUGUCCCGGAACAGGCUCACCUCCAUCGACGGGUUCGACCUCCACAAGAACACGCCCCGCCUCAAGCGUCUCGACCUGUCCCACAACUACCUGGAUAAAGUCACUCUACUGCUACCUAUUCGCGACCUACCGCUCCGCUCGCUCAGACUUGAGGGCAACCCGCUGUGCCGUGACUACAUCGAUGCAGGCCACUAUGUCAAGGUCGUUAGGCUGAUGUUCCAUGAGGUCAUGGAGUUGGAUGGCGUCCGUAUCACUCUAAAAGGUGACCUGCCAUCAAUGAAACGCAACUACUGCCCGGAGGCCGCGGCGGCCGUCGUCGAGAAGUUCCUAGAAACGUUCUUCCCCCUGCUCGAGGCGGCUUACGACGACAGAGCCGCCAUCGAGGACUUAUAUGACAAAGACGCUGUCUUGACUAUCACGUUUAGAUAUAAAUUACGUUACGGCACUGCGUUCCGGUACUUCCGGAACCUGUUCCUCCGCGCCCGGAGCCUCGAAGAAGGAGAAAAGGACAGCGUAGUGGGCGCCGGCUCCAUCACCUCGCUCAUCUGCAAGUGGCCCGACAUCGAGCACGACAGAUACACCAUCUCCGUCGACGUCAUACAUCAUGACGACUUCACAACGAUCCUCCGCCUCGGUGGCGUGCUCAAGCUCACAGCCAAGUCUUUAGCCGAAGACGAACACCUCCUGACCUUCACCAGGACCGUGGUGCUGCACUCUAAAAACGGGGCGGAGUAUAAGAUCACCAACGAGAUGCUGUACUGGGACGUGCCGAGAGAAGAGGUCACUAGGACUGCCUUCAAUAUUACCACGGUGCGGCCAAAGCAACUAAGUCUCAAACUAGAGUCGCCACCAGAUGAAGAGCUGAAGUCUAAACUAACCGACAUAUUCGUGAAAUUAGCCGAUAUUGACAAAAAACGCGGGGCAAGAUGCUUGGAGCUAAAAAAUUGGGAUCUUCGGAGCGCGCUGGAUUACUACAUUAUGCUUCUCAAGCUAAACGAUCUGGCACCAUUGUCGUCACCUAAAGACAGCACGCCGGCGCCACAGGCGUCGUAACAAGGGGUUUUACAAAAUGUAAUUUAAAUAAGAAUAGUUUUUAAGGUUU